CCAGCCAUAUUUAUCAGUGAAUCAACAAUUGCCCAGUAUUGCCCACAAACACCUGUGAAGACAUUGGGCUCAUACACGCCUCGUUCAACAACAAGUACAUUUACUAUUCCAUUCACUUCAUUCAAAAGUAAAUCCUCACACCCUCAUUGCGCCUCCCUUCCUCACCCCCGAUUAAUAACAAACAGCAAACAUCUUCGGUAAGAAGACUGCAUUCAUUAUAAAAACAAAGGGCAAAAAAUUGACAGGAGAAGAGUGAAAUCCGUAUUUUGGGCGUUGUUUAAUUCACUCAAGGUGUGUCAAAAUGAUGGGACGAUUGAUUCUUAUCAUUGCAUUCCAAUUAGUGACAGUCUAUUGUCAGAGGGCUCCAACGAUAUCCUAUAUAUCUCAACAGCAGAUAAAGGACAUUGGAGGGACAGUAGAGCUCCAGUGCUCAGUGCAAUAUGGCCAGGAAUACCCUGUCCUAUGGUUGAAGAGUAAUUCAAAUACAGAUACUGUUGCUCUGUCUUCCAGGACGUCUUUGAUAAUCAAGGAGAGUCGUUUUUCACUGCGUUACGAUGAAGCCACAUCCACUUACACUCUCCAGAUAAAAGAUAUCCAAGAAACAGACGCUGGGAUGUACCUAUGCCAAAUAUAUAUCUCCCUGACGUCCAAAAUAUCAGGCCAUGUCGAGCUUCAGGUGCGUCGUCCACCCUACAUCAGUGAUAACUCGACUAGAUCAAUCGUUGUGAGUGAGACUGAAGCGGUGGAGCUGUUCUGCUAUGCUGGAGGUUUCCCCAGUCCGAAAAUCUCUUGGCGAAGGGAGAACAAUGCUAUUCUACCCACUGGAAAUUCAAUUUAUAGGGGGAAUGUCCUGAAGAUUACAUCAAUCCGGAAAGAGCAUCGGGGAACGUACUACUGUGUAGCUGAGAAUGGAGUUGGUCGAGGUGCUAGGAGAAAUAUCAACAUCGAGGUUGAAUUUUCUCCUGUUAUAACAGCCCCACGUCCUCGUCUAGGUCAGGCACUACAGUACGAUAUGGACCUCGAGUGUCACGUGGAGGCAUAUCCACCACCUGCUAUUAACUGGCUCAAGGACGACAUAGUGCUGUCCAAUAAUCAACACCACAGUAUUUCCCACUUUGCCACUGCUGACGAGUACACCGAUACAACAAUUCGCAUCAUUACCAUUGAGAAAAGACAGUAUGGACAGUACGUCUGCAAGGCAGCUAACAAACUGGGAAGUGCUGAGACUACUGUUGAACUUUUUGAAACAAUAAUCCCAGUAUGCCCACCUGCUUGUGGCCAAGCUCAUUAUGGAGCUGGUGUAUUACCAGUUUCAUCCGGACCUUUGAUAGCAUUUGUGUUGAUAGUAGCAGCAAUUAUCAGAAACAUUAAUACCAAAUAUUAAUUAUCGAGGUCUGCUGGGCUCGACUGGCCAUCACAACUCAUUAUCCACGUGGAUGGCAAGCCUUCCUGGUUUUUUGGCGCUAAUCAUGACGACACUAUAAUUUAAAUUCAAAAUUAUCUACAAUCGUUGACGCGCAGGACAUCGAAUCUCAGAAGUUCAAAUAGAAUUAGAUACUUUUCUACUCAAAAUAAAAAGUGGAUUGAGGGUAGCUUUUAGGAGGAGAGGUGAAUGCUUUCGCAAGUUAUCCAUGAGGAGUUUUUCCAUCAUUUGGAAUGAUGAAUUUAUUCUAAUAGUUGCAUUAGAUAAUCAUGAAAAUAUUUAAGUGCACGUUGGUCAGUGUGAUUGGCACUGAAUGCACGAUUCCAGGGAUCAGAAAUUAAACAAAUAGAUAAUUAGAGCAAGGGAAAUAAUUGAUUAUAUCUCCAAGGACAAAUGAAUCUAGUUGUCCCCUUGGAGAUGACUAUUUGUGUUUUAAUAUCGGAAAAAAUCUCAUUUUAUAGAUUUUUUUAUACAUAUUUUUUAUGUAUUUUUAUCUUUACAUGUGAUUGUAUGGUGUGAGAAGAUUAUUCGGAUGAUUUUUAGGAAAUUUAUCAAAUUUUACAAAAAGUUUUACACAAUAUUUUUAAUUCUUUGACAUUAAUGCAAACAACAAAAGUUUUUGAGUGAGUCUUCUUAUUCCAUUUGAUCGUAGAUAAUGUAUUUGGCUCGUCUCAAAGCCGCCAUUAGCUUGUAGAAAAUUGUACAAUAACUCGACAGAGUUUAAUUUUUUGUACUUCAAUGCAAGGUACUUGAAAUACUCUGCACUUUGCACAGUUCUGUAUCACUCACCUAAACGUAGGAGUUUUCGGAUAACUUUGUAAUUUGAUAAAAGUUAUCAACUAUUUUCACUAGUAAGAGAACUACAUAUCUAGAGCUAUGACAACUUAACUAAUAAUAGUCGACUAGGUUUAUUGACCGUCUUUUCUACUAAAAUUUUUACCGAAUAAUUUACCGAAAGGAUUUUCAAAUUUUGUAAUGCUCAAGAGACAAUAACAGGAGGCUUUUCGAUUGAUCUAAUAAAAAUUGUUUCUUCCACAAA